UGACUCUUUUUAUUUGACGUCGACCUGCGACAUCCGGCCCUCGCAAGGGUCCUUUUUCAAAGCGUACGCCAUUGCUGGCGUAUGGUAGUUGGUUUAAUAGAACAAAAAUCAUAAACCAUCUAAAAUGGUGAAUUUCACGGUAGACGAGAUCCGUGGGAUGAUGGACAAGAAGCGGAAUAUCCGCAACAUGUCUGUGAUCGCCCACGUCGAUCACGGCAAGUCAACCCUCACGGACUCGUUGGUUUCCAAGGCCGGUAUCAUUGCUGGUGCGAGAGCCGGAGAGACCCGUUUCACUGACACGCGUAAGGACGAACAAGACCGUUGCAUCACCAUUAAAUCUACGGCCAUCUCUAUGUUCUUCGAGCUCGAAGAGAAAGAUUUAGUAUUCAUCACAAACCCCGACCAGCGUGAAAAGAGCGAGAAAGGUUUCUUGAUCAACUUGAUUGACUCACCUGGACACGUUGAUUUCUCUUCUGAAGUAACAGCUGCACUCCGUGUCACUGAUGGAGCCCUUGUGGUUGUUGACUGUGUGUCUGGUGUGUGUGUACAAACCGAAACAGUACUGCGUCAGGCUAUUGCCGAGCGCAUCAAGCCUAUUCUGUUCAUGAACAAAAUGGACCGUGCUCUUCUUGAGCUCCAACUUGAAGCUGAAGAACUAUACCAGACGUUCCAGCGUAUUGUAGAAAAUGUUAACGUCAUUAUAGCCACAUAUAACGAUGAUGGUGGUCCCAUGGGUGAGGUGCGUGUCGACCCUAGCAAGGGCUCUGUUGGUUUCGGGUCUGGUCUUCAUGGGUGGGCUUUUACCCUCAAACAAUUCUCUGAGAUGUAUGCUGACAAAUUCAAGAUUGACCUUGUCAAGCUUAUGAACAGGUUAUGGGGAGAAAACUUUUUCAACCCUCAAACGAAGAAGUGGUCAAAACAAAAGGAUGAUGACAACAAACGUUCAUUUUGCAUGUACGUUUUGGAUCCUAUCUACAAGGUGUUCGAUGCCAUCAUGAAAUUUAAGAAAGAGGAGAUUGAUGAUCUCCUUAAGAAGAUUGGAGUCACAAUCAAGCAUGAGGAUUCUGACAAAGAUGGCAAAGCUUUGCUGAAGGUUGUGAUGCGCUCUUGGUUGCCUGCUGGUGAAGCUCUGCUUCAGAUGAUUGCCAUUCAUUUACCAUCACCUGUAGUGGCCCAGAAAUAUCGUAUGGAGAUGUUAUACGAGGGACCCCACGAUGAUGAAGCUGCCAUUGGUAUCAAGAGCUGUGAUCCUGAAGCCCCACUGAUGAUGUACGUGAGCAAGAUGGUGCCGACCUCCGACAAAGGUCGUUUCUACGCCUUUGGACGCGUUUUCUCUGGCAAGGUUGUUACCGGACAAAAAGCUCGCAUCAUGGGACCAAACUUUACACCUGGAAAGAAAGAGGACUUGUACGAGAAGACUAUCCAGCGUACAAUCCUUAUGAUGGGACGUUAUGUUGAAGCUAUUGAGGAUGUGCCCUCUGGUAACAUCUGUGGUCUCGUUGGAGUCGAUCAGUUCUUAGUCAAGACUGGUACCAUCACCACUUUCAAGAAUGCCCACAACAUGAAGGUGAUGAAAUUCAGUGUAUCACCAGUCGUGCGUGUCGCUGUUGAGCCCAAAAACCCUGCUGAUCUGCCCAAGCUAGUAGAAGGUCUUAAACGUCUGGCUAAAUCUGACCCCAUGGUGCAGUGUAUUAAUGAAGAAUCAGGAGAACACAUUGUCGCUGGUGCUGGAGAACUCCAUCUUGAGAUCUGUCUUAAGGAUCUUGAGGAGGACCAUGCUUGCAUUCCAAUCAAGAAGUCUGACCCUGUCGUGUCGUACCGUGAGACCGUAGCUGAGGAAUCGGACCAGCUCUGUCUUUCAAAGUCGCCCAACAAGCACAACCGUCUGUUCAUGAAGGCUCAGCCCAUGCCUGAUGGUCUGCCAGAGGACAUUGAUGAGGGUCGCGUAAAUCCCCGCGAUGACUUCAAGACUCGCGCUCGGUAUCUUACAGAAAAGUACGAAUACGAUGUUACCGAAGCCCGUAAGAUUUGGUGCUUUGGCCCCGAGGGUACCGGCCCCAACAUCCUGGUGGAUUGCUCCAAAGGAGUUCAGUACCUCAAUGAAAUUAAGGACUCUGUUGUGGCUGGAUUCCAGUGGGCCGCUAAGGAAGGAGUUAUGGCUGAAGAGAAUUUGCGUGGUGUUAGAUUCAACAUCUAUGAUGUAACACUCCAUACUGAUGCCAUCCAUAGAGGUGGUGGCCAAAUCAUUCCAACAACUAGAAGAUGCUUGUACGCAUGUCUGCUAACUGCUCAGCCCCGUCUCAUGGAGCCUGUAUAUCUUUGUGAAAUUCAGUGUCCUGAAGUAGCUGUGGGUGGUAUCUACGGUGUGCUGAACAGACGUCGUGGUCACGUUUUCGAAGAGUCCCAGGUGGCAGGUACACCUAUGUUCAUUGUGAAGGCCUACCUACCUGUCAAUGAGUCGUUCGGUUUUACUGCUGAUUUGCGUUCCAACACCGGCGGACAGGCCUUCCCGCAGUGCGUAUUCGACCAUUGGCAGGUCCUCCCUGGAGACCCGUGCGAACCUCAGAGCAAGCCCUACAACGUUGUACAGGAAACGAGAAAGAGGAAAGGAUUGAAGGAAGGUCUCCCAGACUUAACUCAAUAUUUGGACAAAUUGUAAACUACAUAGUUAAAGCAAAUUAAAAAAACGUAUCUAUACGGAAAGCGCUUCACGCAUGUUUAUUUUCAACAACACAUGUUCCGCAUCAUAUUAAAGCAGACGCGCAAGUGAGACAACAGCUAAAUAUGUCACAUUCAACUAAAUAAAUUAUAAACCAAACUA